AUGGUUUUAUCACCUAUUCAAAGAGCAAAGUUUGCUACCACAUCUCGUCUCGCAGCUUGCGCUAUUAAUGAACAUGUUAUUAAAGCUUUUUACCAAUUAAAUUAUGACCAUUCUAAAUUAAUCGAUUCUUCGAUAAAUCAUGGUGCUGUUUUCAUUUCACCAAAUAAUGACAAUAUUUCGUCUACCGACUACAGAAUUAUUAUUGUUAUUCCCAUGUUGAAUGAUCCGAUUCUCUCAAACUAUAAUGAGAAUAAUAAUUCAAAAUUGAUAGAAGUUAAUUUCAUAGAUCCCUGGGAUAUGGCAGCGCCAAUUUAUAAGAUUAAUUACGGCUUUUGUCAAUUGGCAAAUGUCAGAGAUUUAGAAUCAUUAGUAAACUCUUCUGCAAACCAAGGUGAAGAAAUUGGAGCAACUGAAUUUAUGAGCGUAUUAGGUACAUGGUUGAAUUUAGACAACGAUAUUGUAAGUUCAAUAUGCGAAGAGUUAGAUAAUUCUGGUAAAAACCAAGAAUAUACGUUCAAAAACCCACAGCCAAUUCCUUCCAUAAAUUCUUCGAGCAUAGAAUGGGAACAAAGUCUGAUAGAAGGCCAUUCUUUUCACCCAAUGCAUAAAUUACGAUAUUUUCCUCCACCUAUGCCAAACAUAUCGCCUGGUGCUUAUGACUUUCGAAAACCAACUAUACGGUUUGUCGAAGUACCACGUGAUAAAGCGUAUUUGCGCGGUCCUUGGGAAGAAAAAUUAAAUCGUCUUAUAAAUAUAAUGUCGAAAAGGCCAAUUUGUUCACCAAACAAUUUACUCUUUCCAGUUCACGAAUUACAAUUAUCAAAUAUAUCAGCUAAGUUUCCUUAUGUUAAAAUUCUUCCUCCUGAGUACUCAAUAAAGGCUAAUAGUCAAGCAUCCCUUCGAACUCUUGUGAUACAAGGCAUUCCCGAUCUUGUGUAUAAAGUUUCUUUCGGUAUAAAAGUAACUUCAGUUUUGCGUACCAUUACACCAUGGUCCACGCACGACGGUACAGAAUUUACACAUAAGAUUUUCGAAAAACUACGUGUUGACAAGAAGAUAUUAAAAAUUGCACCUGAAAUUGCUAGUGCAAUCGUCAAUGAACAGGAUUUUGCUAUAGCAGGACAUUUAAGCUGUAUUAUACGUGAAGAUUAUAAUGAUCAAACUUCUGAAGGCGAGAAAGUUAUAAUUUGUGCUGCAUUGACUGAAAAGGAUGAAAAUGGAAUAAGUUUUGUCGAAAGAGUUUGGCGACUAGACACAGAAGAGAAACGUAUUAAAUUUUUUGAAAGCGAACAACUAGUUGGUUUUGUAGUCAGGGAUUUUGGUGCUAUUAGGUUUCAUCAAGAUACAUUGUUUUCAAGUACGGGGUUACGUGCUAAUUUGUUAAAAGAUAGCCCCAUAGAAGCCAAUGAUUUACUUGAG